GGAAUUCUGGGAGUUGAAGUUCACAUACCUUAAAGUUGCCAGGUUUGAGACCGCCUUGUUUAAUUUAUGCAGCAAAUAUAAGAAUGUCAGGUUUGGGAAUGACAGUGGGAAUUAAACCUAUGAUGUUUUGACCACCAGUUUGUUCCAAAGUGGUUAUUAUUGUAAUAGAUACUGUGCUGUCCCCUAACAAAUAGACAAAACCAAUAUACUGUAUUAGCUCUUAAAUUAUUGUUGAUAGUAUUCUCCCUGCCUGCUGUAGAAUAAACUAAGCCAGGACUUGGCCACAAAACCUCUUUUUAAUGCCAGGAUUCAUUAAAUCAGGACUGCUAGCAUUCCUUUUUCUGAUCCAGAAUUGAAGACGAGCGUUUCAGAAGUAGAGGCCACGAAAUGCCAUUGUACUUCAUUGUUCGGGAGAAGCCCAUAGUUGAGCAUGAACCUUUUGCUCUGGAUUCUUUAAGACUGUUUUUUUUCUCCCUACAUUGAUAAAAAGGAGCUGUUCUGUCAUUUCCUCUCCCAGGCUUUGGAAUCACCCACCUCUUUUUUUUCCUCUGCAUGCCUGCUUGCAAUCAUGGAAUUUCCAGUACUGUAACAUGAUCCACCCUUUUCUACCAGCCUAGGUGAGGCCUCUCUGACUGGCUGUGCAGGUCUAAUGACAGACUUUUUUGUCUUGAAUACCUGAGGUAGUUGUCACCAAACCAAGUAACAUUUCCUCACAAAACAUAAGUGUCUGUUAGGCUCAUGAAGACAAAAAAAAAAGGACCUUAUACUAAAUCAGGAGCCCUGAUCUUAACAUCUAAGAUUUCUGACACAGGCAUUCUGCAACUUUGCUAUUGGAGAACCCUGCUGUCAGGGUUGGGAAGACCAGUUUUCUCCAAUCUCUUAGCAGUAGUUGGGGUUGGAGGACACAAAAGUCUUUCCAUCCCACUUUCUCCCUGUCAUCCAUUUUUCUUUGUUCUAUCUCCUUGCUUGCUAGGUUGAAAAAAAUUACUCAUGCCAGAAGCUUGAAGAGGUUGCUUUACAGUAGGCUUUUGAAAGCAGAUCAAGGGACGUGUGUUUUCACCUGAAAUAUACCCUGGGCCUUCCCACAAAUAAAGGAUUUUCUGAGUUAUGGUCUCACCCAUAAAGCUCAAAUUCAUCCUUGAUAUUGGCCUUAUCGUCAGAAUGUAGGCUGUAAGCUCCUUUAGGCUGUGCAUGUCUUCCUUUUUGGUUUGUUUGUUUGAUGUUGGGUGAAGUGCCACAUGUCUUUCUUGGGAUCUGAAUGAAUAAAAAUAAUACAUCAAAAUAAUAAUAAUAAGGCUUAUGAUGGACAUUUCUCUACAGUUUACUAUCUCCUUUAGGCUUCUUCUGCUCUUCUUGCUGCAGAGGCCUGUACUUCCCUACAUAUGUAAAGGUUCAAAGAUAAGAUACCAGCUCAGAGGAUGUGACACAUUUACUCCUGUCUGGCUGUCCUUUUGCACACAGCAAAAAGCUGCUGAAGUCAAGUCUGAAGAUCCUAAAUUUGACUUACCCAACCUGGACUUCAACUGUUAGAAAUUCAACACUGUGCCAAACAGUUGCAGUUAAGGCUGUUUUGCAAUUGUGUUGGUUAUGAAAUGUAAGGUGGCAUUACUGGGGAGAGUUUCAGAAGUAAGGAUAAAAAUCAGAGGUGUUACUAGGCAUAGACUUUUCACAAGAUUUGGCUGUCCAAAAGCAUUAAACUAAUUAAUCCAAACUCAGCUACUCUGUGGAUGAGGGUGAAAUUCCAGAGGAAAUUAGUACUGAGGAGGGAAAAAGUAGCCAUCCUAUCCUUCCUCCUUAAACUUCAAAAAAGUUUUUUGCAGGACAGGGGAGGAGAUAUCUUUCCAUUGAUGGGCCAAAAAAAAGGUUUAUUCACUGCCUUCCUAAAAGAUGAAAUAGUUUAGGAUGAUGCAGGCCUUUCUUUAGAUACCCUAAAGGUCUAUAAAAUCCAAUACAAUUGAGGAAGACCCUGAUCUCUCUACAUUCUCUAGGAGAAUUCAUAACUAUUUCCUUUGAGAGAGACAUUUUGGCAAAAUGACAGUGGAUUUAUUUACUUAUUUAUUUAGUUUGCAAUUUGUCACCCAACAUUGAAAUGUAUCGAACCUCAGCUUCAAUUUUUGUCAUCACGAUCAUCAUACUUAACAGCCAGUAAUCCAUGAACAGGUCUAACCCUUUGCAAGGCUAUCUAACCAUGUCCAUCACCAUUUCAUAAAACUGUAUGAAGAAAUGCUUCCUUUUUGCCUACAGUCUCAGUAUCAUGAGUAACCCUGUGUUGUAUACAUUUUGCACACAAGUGGGAAAAUCAGGUUUCUACCCUUAUUUUCUUCAAAAGGCUUAAGUAAAAUGUAUAACACAAUCCUCUUCAUGUCCAUUCACUGAAUUCAGUGAGCUAGUAAGAAUGCCUUAUCAAGUGGUUUUAUUGCUAUGCAUAGUCAAUCAUUUCCAUACUCUAAGAUAAAAGUAAUCAAGCUAGUGUCUUCAAGGCAUUUUAGAUGACAACACUCAUGACCAUUGAUGCCUGGAGAUUAUAGGAGUUGUAGUCUAACUCAAGAGGAGGGCAACAGUUUGGGAAGGACUGCUAUAAGGUACUCCAAACAACUGAACAUUAUAAAUGUACAAUUUGAUGUCUAAGUAGAACUAACAUUUUCUUAUUCCAUCCAAGUCUAAAUAGAGUAAAUAACUUAUUUUUGAUUUGGGGGAAAGAGCCAAAAUUUGUUCCUGAAAUGCAUAUUUCUGUUUCACUUUGCUAUUAUAUUUUUAUUGGUUUAUAAAGACUUUGCCAUUAUAUUUUUAUUGGUUUAAACAUGAGGCUUAUUAUCCAUAAAGUUUACUGUUAUGCUUGCUGUAUUUCUAUAAGAAUUAAAUUGUAAUUCCCCGCCCCCUUGCCAAAUCUCAAGAUAACUCUCAGGUCAUUCUGAUUUUUACAUUAAACCACUCUAAGACUCAAGCUGAGCUGAGAAGCAGGAAAUAAAUAUUGCAAAUAAACUUACAGGAUCAUGUGAACCAUUGAUUUCAACAUGUUAUUUUCAUGGAAGCAUUCUACUCAGAUUUUUGCCAUUGUGAUAAUUAUUAAAUAGAAAUAGAAAUCUCUGUGCUUACUGUUCCAUUCGCAGAUGAGAAAGCAGUGCUUUAUGUGUUGAUUUGAACUCGGUCACCAUGACAUUAAUCUUUGAGCUGUCUGAUUAUUCUUGAAACUCUCUUUAGCUAAAACCAAACCAUAGGGAACUUCUGGUGUUACAACAAAGCUAAACACGUCUACUGCACUUUUGGCCUGGCCCUGGGCCAAAAGGAAGAACUUCUGUUGGAUAAAGAAAAUCUCCCAAGCAGGCAGAACUAGCCCUCCUGAAAAACCAGUUUGUCUGCUGCUACUCAAAAAUCAGUCUCCCUCUAAGACAUGCUGCGUCAACAUGCCCACAACAACGUUUACCUCUGUUGAUCAACAGGAACAGGUUUCCAUUAUGGUGGAGACAGGAGUAGAUGAUCCCAACCUUGUUGAUCAAGAACUCCGUGAUAUGGAUGAAGAUCGAUUAUGGGAGAUGGUGGAGGGCCAUCGCUACAGAAUUGUGCGGGGCGUCUGUCCCAGUCGUCUGACCCCCUACUUACGGCAGGCCAAGGUGCUUGGUCAACUGGAUGAAGAAGAAAUACUGCACAGCCCCCAGUUCACAAACAGAGCCAUGAGAGUUGGCCACAUGCUGGAUCUCUUGAAAUCUCGUGGGAAAAAUGGAGCCCUUGCCUUUCUGGAAAGCCUGAAACUUCACAACCCUGAUAUUUAUGUACUCAUUACUGGCUUGGAGCCUUCCAUAGACCACAACAAUUUUAGUGAUCUGAUUGAAAGCUCCCAGCUAACAGAAUGCUUGGCCAAAGCAGUUAGCAGCCUGCAAGAGGAGUUAAACCAGGAGAAGCGUCAGAAGGUGUCCCUGCUCCAACACUGCCGCAUACUCAAGGAAAACACUGCCCGACUGGAAGCCGAGGCUGAAAGCCUGCGGGGCAUUGAGACUGAGUGUAACCGUAUGAAGAGGGAGCUCAGUGCUCACUUCCAUGAGGCCCUCAAGCUUAAAGAUGAACUUUAUGGGCUCUCUUUGCGCUACAGCAGUGCCCUUCAAGAGAAGGACCUGGCUGUUACCCGCUGCCGGAGCAUGCAGGAAGAGCUCUACCUGAUGAAGCAAGAAUUACAACGAGCCCAGGUUUCAUCAUGCCGUGAAAGGGAAAGAUCCUCAAGGAUUUCUGGGGACACACAGAUGCAGACAGAUGAGCUCUUAAAGCUGAGAGAAGAGAAUGAACAUCUCAAGUCACUGGUGGAGCUGGAAACCUUCAGUCUGGUGCAGAAAGACAUUCUAGAGCAAAACCUUGAUGAUGCUCUGGAGGGCAAACAGGAACUGCUGAAUCGGAUUCACUCGCUGAGGGAGCAAGCAGCACUUGCUGAGAAUCAGCGCAAACAGUGUUGGGAAGAAAAGGAAAAUACUUUAAUUGAAUGUCAAAAGAUGAAGGUAGAUUGUGAGAUCUACAAGGAGUAAAUCAGUGCCCUUCAGGCCCAGAUAGAUGAUCUACAGAAAGAAAGAGAUCAGGCCUACAAUGCCAGAGACACUGCUCAGAUUGAAAUUUCCCAAAGCCUCCUGGAGAAAGAUUCGCUUCGCCGUAAAGUCUUUGAGCUCACAAAUGAAAUUUGCGAACUCAGGAAAAAAACAAGCAUGAGUGAUUCCGUGCUUACUCAGGUAUCAAAGAGUGGGCCAGCCAUCACUGAACUCAGGGAACAUUGUCCAAAGAGAAAGCAGCGCCUAGUACGAAUGCAUGCCAUCUGUCCCCGGGAAGACAGCCAGGAUAGCUUCAUGAGCACAUCAGAGUCUUGGUCAAGUCAAGAUCAAAUGGACAGUUUCCGAUCAUGCAGCCCAAUCCCGCCUUGUAAACUUUCUCUACAGAGAAGAGCCAUGCAAGACUGCACCCUUUCUCAGAGCAUUUCUCAGGAGUUCCUGGAGGAGGAAUUUUCUCUCACCUCAUCUGAGGAGAGAGUGAGGGAUCCCUCGUUUGAAUACGAAAUGGGGAGAGACGAUGGCUCUUCCCUUUGGCUCCACGUAGACCCUUGCAUCUCUGAGAGUGUACCCAUGCGCCGACGACUUGCACAGCGCUUCCCAAGCCGUAUUACAACUAUUGCUUUCCAAGCUAAUGCUUUGCUGCAGCAGAUCAGCAUCAUUGGGGGCAACCAGACUGGCAUCUUCAUUCAUCAAGUCACUCCUGGAUCUAUUGCUGAUGAGAUGUCUUUGUCACCAGGCCAGCAGAUUGUGCUGGUGGAUUAUGGAGUCAUGGAACCAGGUUUCAAAGCUGUCCUAGAAGACGCAACUCUUGAGGAGGCUCUUUGGGUCCUGAAAAGAGUGAAUGGAUUCUGUUGCUUGUCUGUGAAGCACAACAUGGAGGGUUACAAGAAACUACUGAGUGACCUGAACUCCAAGCUGGUGACAUCUGGUGACUCUUUCUAUAUCCGUUCCAACCUAUGCCUUGAGAGACAGGGUCCUAGGGAACUCUCGCUAGGAUGCCAUGACAUUCUGCAUGUCACUGAUACUAUGUAUCAAGGCCAAACACAGUGGAGUGCUUGCCAGGUGAAUCCUUAUACCAUGAAAGACAUGGAUGCUGGCACCAUCCCCAACUAUUUCCAGUAA